AUGAUUAGCUACGUUCGCCCCAUCUGGAGCCUGUAUUCGAGAUGGAAGGAGUACAUGAAUUACCGGAACGAUCUGGAGCGUGAGACACUGGAUGACCUGGCCAGUGCAGUGGUCUCACAUCAUCCUCAUAGCACAUUGAGCCUCCUAUGGAGCAUCCAUGAUCUUGUUGUCCCCCACAAGGCCUCUAUUCGUGCUGGCAUCUUUCAGCAUCUCAAGGAUCUUAUUGAUCAUGAUGCUGCAACAUGUGAUCUAGGUCAAAGUCCCCAGCAGUUGGCAUAUGGUCUUUACAAGUUGAUUGCUGCAACAGAAACAAAAGCAUUUGCCAUGAUGACCUUCAGCUGGAUGCUCCUGAGGGAAAGUGGCAAAGGCAACUUCUCCAGGGAGACAAAGUUGGCACAGUUGGGGCAUGUGAAACGGGAAGAGGAAGCACUGAUGAAUGCCAGGGAAGUGAUGGAGAAUCUCAGUCGGGUCUUCUGGCGAUGUGAUCCUGAGGUGCACCUGGAAGGAGUGACAUACCUCCAGGUGACAGAUCUGCUGCAGGGUUACAUAGAGAAUGAAGUGGACAUGAAUUCAGAGGGGACAUGCACCCAGACAUGUUCAGCUUAUGGCAAUGGCUUCCCAGACGUCAGGACAGGGUGCACUGAUAACCGGAAGCAGAAGUUCUGUAGCAUGCAGCGCCCAUGCAAUGGGAACAUCUUCAACUGCAAGUUCAUUGAUGCUGAUGCCUGGGUCUGCUUGUCAGACAAGCCAGAGCGACGAUAUGGUUACAUUGAGUAUGAGAAUGCUGACCCAGGCAAAGUUGUCACUGGAAUCAAGUUUGAGAAGGUGGACAACAUCUUCUACCUCAAGAUCCAGCAAGGAUAUCCAAUGGCUGGAGGUGAGGUGAAGCCAUCAUCAGUGGAAUGGAAGCCCGUGGAUCCAUAUGAAACCCUCAGUGCAGCUCCCAAGGAUGGGUACAUGACUUUGACAUAUGAAGACAGGGCUGUGGACCUGGAUGACUUAUUUGCACCUGCAGGACAUGUCAUCACUGGUGUUGGAUUCCGCAGACUUGGUGCUCAUCUUGGCCUCACCAUCCAGGUGACCCCAAUCAACUUCACUACAGGAGAGCUAAAGCCAGAUCUGAGUUACUGGAAGUCAAACAUGAACACAGAUGCAUCAGACAAGAAUCCACGGAAGCAGCUUCCUCUUGUGGAUGUGGCUGUCCCUAUCUAUACUGUGUUUGACUCUGUUGUGGACUCACACCAUGACAUGUGGCUUCAGUUUGGGCCUACAUCUGAAGUGAAAGAUGCAGCCCAGACCACAGUCCCAUUCCUGGAUGCUCAGGAAGUCUUUUCCAGAGACAAGGAACAGGCCCCAGGUGGCAUGAGGGAGGACUUGCAGGGUAGCAUGAGGGAGAAUUCUUACGAGAGCCAUGAGGGUGGAUCUGUCCACGUGUCCGGCGGGGAGUAG